CAUCGAACUCUCAAGCUCCAUCGCGUCGCAAAAAUGGGGCCGUUCGGCGUGCGCGCCCUUCGCGGCAUGCGGCCAUCCAGGCCGCGCCUCCCUACGCGCCUCGGAUGGAUUUGUCCGAGUUGCGAGCCACCUCGAGGUCGCCAAUGGCGCUGGAGCAGCUCCGAGAGUUCGCCUGCGACGACCGCGAAGCCAUACUACAUCACCACGCCGAUUUUCUACGUCAAUGCCGCACCACAUAUAGGACACCUGUACUGUAUGGUUCUGACCGACGUGCUCAAGCGGUGGCAGCAGAUCAAUGGCCGAGAAGCAGUCCUGUGUACCGGCACCGACGAGCAUGGCAUGAAGAUUCAGCGAGCGGCAGCCAAGGAGGGCAUGCAACCGAAAGAAUUCUGCGACAUCAAUUCGAACAAGUUCCGAGAAUUAGCGGCGUCGGCCAACAUCUCCAACGACUUCUUCAUCCGGACGACCGACAACGAGCACAAGGAGGCCGUUAGGCAUUUCUGGCUGCAGCUGAAGCACGGCUUGCCAGAGAAGCUCGGGCUUUACAAGGGAAGUCACGAGGGUUGGUACUGCGUCAGCGACGAGUGUUUUUAUCCCGAAAACAUGGUCCAUCCCAGUAUCGUUCCCCAGACUGGCAAGAAAAUCAUGGUCAGCGUGGAGACGGACAACGAGGUGGAAUGGGUCAAGGAGGAGACUUGGUUCUUCCCGUUGACCAAGUACAGGGAGCGACUGCUCAAGUUCUACGACGAGAACCCCGGGUGGAUCACCCCAGCACCCAGGAUGAACGAAGUGCGCAACUGGGUAGAAAACCAGCUGGAGGAUCUGUCCAUCACACGCCCAGUGUCACGGCUAAGCUGGGGCAUACGCGACCCAGACGAUAGCAACCAGACCAUUUAUGUCUGGGUCGACGCGCUGAUCAACUACCUGACAAAGGCAGGCUAUGGCGCCAAGUGGUAUUCCUCCAGCGACGACAUGGGUCUCUGGCCAGCGGACCUGCAAGUCAUCGGCAAGGACAUCCUGCGCUUUCACGCCAUUUACUGGCCCGCGCUUCUGAUGGCUCUUGACCUACCGCUACCAAAGGGGCUGCUGUGCCACAAUCACUGGCUCAUGUCGAACCGCAAAAUGUCCAAGUCACUGGGCAACGUCGUGAACCCGUUCUUUGCUGUCCAGCGCUGGGAUGUCGACCCCUUGCGAUACUUUCUCAUGCGCAAUGGCAGCUUCAGCAAGGACAUGAGCUACUCCAACGACCUGAUCGGCUCCGCCUACGCCAAGGACCUGCAGGCCAACAUUGGCAACCUCUUCUACCGCAUAGCACGCCCCAAAGUUACGGCAAAGUGGUCUACGAAAGAGGCCGUUGAAACGUUUCGCAAAGGAGAUUUUCAAUCCAUGGAGAGCGAUGAUCGAGAUGCUGUUGAUGAGCGGUUUUCCAGUCUAAACAUCCAUCUCGACAUGGUAACUACGGCAUUUUCCAAGGAGAUGGAUAGCUACGAUACAGGCGCAGCUAUCCGGGAAAUCUUCAAUCUCUUGCGCGAGACGAACCGCUAUAUCACCGACACGGAGCCGUGGAACUUGGUGAAGAACCCCGAGCCCGAAUCGCGCGUGCUCUUGAACUGGGUCAUAUUUAACAGCGCUGAGGCGCUGCGGAUUGCAGGCAUUUUGCUUCAGCCCAUCAUGCCAACCAAGGCUACGGAGCUGCUCAACGAGCUGGGGGUGAGGCCUGAUCGACGCACAGUGCAGUACGCAUACAAGGGCAAAGACGACGAAUACGGCACGGAAGCGAAGCCUGGCAGCGACAAAGAACGGAUGAAGAAAUGGGACACCAUCUUCCCGCCGACGCCCAGCGGGACCGACUCGGAUGCGGAGGUGAUGAAGCAAUUGAAGACCAUGCUGCAGUCCAAGACAAAGAACAAGAUGAAUCAAAUGGCCGAACUACUAGCCAUGGAGGCCCGAAUGGGAGAGGACGCAGUCACGAAGCUCCUUGCGGAGACGCACGCAGCGAACGAGAAGCUCAGCGAGUCAAAGUAAACAAUCGCACAAGAUGUAUGACGACACCAGUGUAUUAUAUAUCAAUUAGAACUGUACCAUACGC